AUGGCCAGCAAGAACAGCAUUUGUUAUUAUCACCAUCCUGAUUUGGGCAAUUUUCAUUAUGGAGCUCAACAUCCGAUGAAACCUGCAAGAUUAGCUGCUACACAUAGUUUAGUGGUCAAUUAUGAGUUGCAUCGUCAUAUGACUUGUUUACUCCCUCCUCGGGCGACACAUCAUGAUUUGGCUAGAUUUCACUCUCCAGAGUAUGUCCAAUUUUUAAAAAGAAUAUGCCCUUCUAAUGCUCUUCAUUAUGAAUCUUUGUUUCACAAGUUUAACAUUGGAGAGGAUUGCCCUGUAUUUGACGGCAUUUUCGAUUUUUGUGCAUUAUAUACUGGUGGAACACUUGAAGGCGCAAUAAGGCUAAAUCAUGGCCAAUCAGAUAUUGCAAUAAAUUGGAGUGGUGGUUUACAUCAUGCGAAGAAGUCGGAAGCUUCCGGUUUUUGCUAUGUGAAUGAUAUUGUUAUUGGAAUUAUUGAAUUGCUUAAAUACUUUCCAAGAGUUCUCUACAUUGAUAUAGACAUCCAUCAUGGGGAUGGAGUUCAGGAAGCUUUUAAUUUUACUGAUAGAGUGUUGACAGUUUCUUUUCAUCGUUAUGGAAAUUAUUUUUUUCCUGGAACAGGAGAUAUGUAUGACGUUGGAAUGGGACAGGGACGCUAUUUUUCUGUUAAUGUGCCGUUGCGUGAAGGAAUAGAUGACGAAAGCUAUCAUGGAGUUUUCAAACCAGUAAUUCAAGCAGUAGUCGAAAAUUAUAAUCCAUCAGCCAUAGUUCUUCAAUGUGGAGCUGAUUCUUUAGGGUCAGACAGACUUGGAUGCUUCAAUUUAAGUUUUGAUGGACACGGAGAAUGUGUCAGACUAGUCAAAAGUCUCAAUUUGCCAACUUUGGUACUUGGCGGAGGUGGAUAUACUUUAAGAAAUGUGGCUAGAUGUUGGACUUUUGAAACGGCAAUUUUGGUUGGAAGGGAUGGGGAGAUUUCUAAUGAAAUUCCGGACAAUUCCGAAUAUUUGGAAUAUUUUGCGCCCGAAUUUACUUUGAGAAGUGAUUUGCCCAAAAGAAUUGAAAAUAUGAAUAGUAAAGAGUAUUUGUCUGCCAUAAAAACUGAGGUUGUUGAAAACAUUAAAUUAGUACGUAAUUCCCCAGCAGUCCAAAUACAGCCAAUACCUGAGGAUUCUUUGGAUUUGCAUGAAUUGGACUCGAUUAGACGGGAAAUGCAGGGAAGUUGAUUA